AUUGGCGGCGGAGAAAGAUGGACUGCGUUUCUCUUGUCGUACAAAUGGCAUGGUAGAGCAGAUCAGUGAACUUUUCUCCAAAAGAAAAUGGCACUGUGUUCAUCCUCAUCAUCUUAUUCUUCAAUAGAAAUCUAUUUUAAUUUUAAAAAGAAAACAAAUCAUAUCAUCAAUGCUCGCCCAAGACUCACUCUCAGACCUUCCAAUUUCGUCAGAUCAUCCACCAUCUACUGUCGUUCCAACCGCUUCUACCAAUCAAUCUCGUCCCUCGGUUCCAUCAAACCUUAUGUCCAAUCCGAGUGGAAGCCAAUUCUUAAGGGCUGGUUAUGCAGUGCAGUCUCAGUGUACUCUCUCUCCCAAAUCGUCCCUAGGAUUGGAAACUUCUCGGUGAUCCUGAGUGACCCUGAUGUGGUUCGGUUGAGUGAGGAGGGUUUGGUAGUGGGCCUGUUGUUUUUGGUUCGCUUGGUUGCCAAUUACUGGCAGCAAGCGUUUCUCUGGGACGCGGCUUUGAAUUCUGUGUAUAAGGUCAGGGUUCAUGUUUUUGAAAGGGUUUUGCAGAGGGAUCUAGGGUUUUUUGAAGCUGGUAAUGGUGUUUCGUCCGGCGACAUUGCCUACCGGAUCACUGCUGAAGCUUUGGAUGUAGCUGACACUGUGUAUGCUAUUUUGAAUACCAUCAUUCCUAGUACCCUGCAAUUAUCAGCAAUGGCCACCCAGAUGUUGGUUAUCAGUCCUAGUCUCUCAUUGAUUUCUGCUUUGGUGAUUCCUUCGAUGGCUCUUGUCAUUGCAUAUCUUGGUGAAAAGCUCCAUAAGAUAUCAAAGAAGGCACAUCUCAGCAUUGGUAAUCUGUCAGCCUACUUGAAUGAGGUCCUCCCUUCGAUUUUCUUUGUGAAGGCAAACAAUGCAGAGCUCUGCGAGAGUGCCAGGUUUCAAUGGCUAGCUCAUGUUGAUCUAUCCGAAUGUUUGAGAAAGAAGAAAAUGAAGGCAUUAAUUCCUCAGAUAGUACACAUUAUAUAUUUUGGGGCAUUGUUUAUAUUUUGUGUUGGCUCGAUGGUGGUGUCAAGUAGUUCUUUCAAUUGUUCUGGUGUUGUUUCUUUUAUAACAUCAUUGGUUCUCUUGAUCGAGCCAAUUCAGGGAGUGGGAAAAGCAUAUAAUGAGUUGAAGCAAGGAGAGCCAGCUAUUGAACGCUUGUUUGAUUUGACCAGGUUCAAAUCUCAGGUGAUUGAGAAAUCAGAUGCAAUUUAUUUAGAUUCUGUUAAAGGAGAGGUGAAAUUUUGUGACAUCUCAUUCAGAUAUAGGGACAACAUGCCUCUUGUUUUGAAUGGGUUGGACAUUCAUAUCAGCGCUGGAGAGACAGUUGCUCUUGUUGGGCCCUCUGGUGGAGGAAAAACAACCCUUGUAAAGCUGCUGCUUCGCCUUUAUGAUCCUAUAUGCGGUUGUAUACUUAUAGAUAACCAUAAUAUCCAGAGUAUCCAUUUGGAAAGUUUAAGGAGACAUGUUGGUCUGGUCUCUCAGGACAUCACACUUUUUUCAGGGACAGUUGCUGAAAACAUUGGGUACAGGGAUCUAAUGGCUAAAAUUGACAUGGAGAGGGUUGAGCUAGCAGCAGAAACUGCAAAUGCUGAUGAUUUCAUUAAAUCUCUCCCAGAACAGUAUGGAACCAAUAUUGGAACUAGGGGCUCAAUUUUAAGUGGAGGACAGAAGCAAAGACUAGCUAUAGCAAGGACUGUCUAUCAGAAUCCCUCUAUUCUGAUUUUGGAUGAAGCAACUUCUGCUUUAGACAGCAGGUCUGAGUUUUUGGUGAGACAAGCAUUGCAGCGCUUGAUGGAAAAUCGUACCGAAAAGGACAUGUAGCGGACGACGUUCUGGCUCUUUAGAAGUGUAGCCAGUACCUUGAAAUCUUUUGUGGUCAUUUGAUACUUUUUUUUGAAAAACGUUGUAGUGGAACUUGAGUAGGGAGGAUGUGUCUCACUAACCCAUUCCUGGAAGGGAUGAUAAUUUGGGAACCAUACCAUGUUAAGGGUUCGCUUAUAAUCAUUCCCUCGCCCUUGACUUCUUGUAUCCAUAUUUUUGCCUCGCCUUGAAUGCCAUUAUAAGGUAAUACAUGAAUUGGGUUCAUGAUGCUAUGAUGUGGCUAAGCUCGGAUUUUGGAUACUUGGUGAGAAUGAAAAUUCUAGCAUGCUUGUUUAGGUGGGUUCAAGUUGGGAUUGCAUUGGAUUUGUUUUGGGGUCAAAAUUUGCCUUUUUUUAGCUUACUAAAGCAUUCUGUCCAACUUGGACUGGUCCAAGGAAUUUUUUUUUUAGUUGUCUUUGAAGCUUGCUCUAGGUGGGUUCAAGUUGGGAUUGCAUUGGAUUUGUUUUGGGUCAAAAUUUGCCUUUUUUUAGCUUACUAAAGCAUUCUGUCCAACUUGGACUGGUCCAAGGAAAAUGGACCAGUCCAAGUCCUUGUUUUGAUUCGUCCAAGAUGGUUCUGGCUAACUUGGACCGGUCCAAAUAAGUUGGACCUUUCCAAGUGGGCUGGACACCAACCCCUUCCCUCUUUGCAAGCUAGUUUAAGGGGCGAACGUCGGGGGUGUGUUCGGGACCUUGUCUUGGGGUUUUAAAGGGUCAUUUUGGGGCUUGAAUGAGAGCAUUUAAGCAUGGUUAGGAAAUUGAAUCAUACUUGCAUCCAUUCUUUAUCUCUCUCUCUCAUUUUUUCAAAGAAAAUGGGACCUUUUUGUUCCCUUUUGGGAAGACUUUCCACUCAUGUUUUCACUAUAGACUCCAAGCACCAAUAAACGAUGUCAUUAAUGUGAAUGGACAUGAAUCGGUUGGUUUGAGUUGCUUGAGGGUUAAAUUACCCUCAUUCUCCUUCCCUUUUCCAUAUAUGCUUGAAUGGACUUAAAGAACCAAGUGCGGACUUAACCAUUCCUCUUCAUUCUUUUGUCAAAGCUAUGUACAUAUGUUAUGAAACUUAUGAUGCUAAGGCAAGGUUGACGUAUGUGUAGUUGAUGUAUCACUUGUGAUAUCGUUAACUAUGGGAGUUAACGUGGAGUUUGUUUCCACAUUGGAACUUCAGUUUUGGUUUUGAGUUUCGUUUCAUCUCUUUUCCCUUUUUUUCCACCUCUCUCAUGAACCAGGUUUCUGGGAUUUGGGGCGUAACAAAGACAGUUAAAUUAUGAUUUUUUAUUCUUUGGAAGGACACUGGAUUCUUUCCUUCUUUCUUUUCGAGCGCACAAUUCAGAUUUUUUACUUUUCUUAUACGGAUUAUGUUUAUG